ACCCUAUAAGGCCUCUUCAGAGUAGCUAGCUAGCAAGGGUGUUGUAGUAUAGUUAGAGAUAUCACUACUACACCACCCUGCAUAGUUUGUUCAGCUAUAAUACUACUUGAGCUUCUUUACCUACUUUUCAAACCUACAUUGCACACAAAAUGGCAACAUCUUGGUCAUGUUAUCUACUUGCAUUGCUUCUUUUUAUGUCAACUAUUGUAUCAGAGAGUAGAGUGGCAAGGAAGGACUUGGGCCUGGACCUUGGUGGGUUGGGGGUUGGACUUGGACUGGGUUUGGGCCUGGGGAUAGGAGGUGGCAGUGGCUCUGGAGCUGGUGCCGGAGCAGGGUCUGGUUCUGGUUCUGGUUCUGGUUCUAGUUCCAGUUCUGCCUCAAGUUCAGCUUCCUCAUCUUCCAGUUCUGGCUCUGGCGGCUCCGGAGCUGGCUCCGAAGCCGGUUCAUAUGCUGGCUCUCGUGCCGGAUCAGGAUCUGGAAGAAGUCAAGGAAGGGGAGGUGGCGGUGGCGGUGGCGGUGGUGGUGGCGGUGGCUCAGGCUAUGGUCAUGGUGAGGGCUAUGGCCAUGGUGAGGGUUACGGUCAAGGCGGUGGUGAUUAAGGAAUUAUGUUGGAAAAUAUGUAAUAUAGUUUACUCAAAUGAAAGAAAAUGGUCUUCAGUGUUAUAAUUUGUGUAAUAAAAAAGUAGUACGUGGUCUGUACUGUGUUGUCUGUACCAAAAUAAUAAACACAUGCAUGUAAGGGGGUGGACACCAUGCAUCCUGUGUGUUUUGUUGAAGAAUCAAGUGAAUUUCAGUUUGAAACAGUUUACAAAAUUUUAUC